AGCCCAAUUAAUUUAUACAAUUUAUCACACAAUAAAAUAAUAAAUAAUAAAUAAAAACCCAAUUAAUUUACAAAUUAAGACCCUACCUCUUCUUCUUCGCCACCACACCACCACCACCACCACUAAUAACGGCCGCUCCUCUGAGCAGCUUUCCACCGGCGAGCGGAGACACUAGUGGCAAUCGAGGCAAAUUUUGAGAUUUGAGUUAUUGCAUUGUCUCUCAAAGAGUUUUUAUCUUAAUCGGUACGUAAUGGACGAAACAAUGAAGCAAUUCCAGCAAGGAUUGUUGGAGGUUGAAAUCGAAGCUGAAAAUCUUUUCUUGGCACGCCACGAGUUGGUUGAAACUGAUAGAGUGAGGAAUGGGAACAGGGAAGCUUUAACAGCGUUAAGAAAGCGGGCCAGGACAACAAAAACCAGUGUCCCUUCGGCUUUUGAGUCGAUAAUGAGGGAUAUUGAUUCAAGGCCUUUGGUUAAAGAGGUCUGUACAACUUGCGGCGAUCACGAUGCGAGGGAGAAGACAUGGUUAAUGUUCCCUGGAACUGAUGUAUUUGCCACCAUACCGUUCCAUGCUGCUCACACUAUUUUGGAGAAAGAUCAAGUGCGCCUUGAUUUUGAUUCGAAGAAACUCCAGAGCUAUGUGAAAGAGAAGACUUUUUCGAUUUCUGAGAAAGGUGCUCUUGCAGACAAGAUCGGUCCUGGUGUGCUUAGGUCUCUGGUCACCUUAACUGAUAAACAAAGGCAGGGCUCGUGAGAAAGAUUGACCAAUUGCAGACAGUUAUCAAUUAUCAUAGGAUCCGAACUAUUAGUAUUAGGGAAUGUUAAUUUGAUUCUGAUGCAUGUGCUCUCUUUCGUUUCCAUGGGUUUUCAUUAAAGUAAUUUGGCAUUAUAUAUACUUGCAGAUAUAUGGGAAAUGCUGCUGUCAGUAUUUGAACUGUUUUUGCUUGUAUCUUAUCUCGAUUCCAACUACUAUGUAAAUAAUGGUUCUUGUUAUUAUGUCUUGUGUUAUAUUAGUAUUCGGUGCUCAAUUUUAUU